AUGUCAGGGCAGGAGACCAGUCCCAGUCUGACCUGGACUCUAGACCUGAGGACCAGUCCCAGUCUGACUCUAGACCUGAGGACCAGUCCCGGUCUGACCUGGACUGUAGACCUGAGGACCAGUCCCAGUCUGACUCUAGACCUGAGGACCAGUCCUGGUCUGACUCUAGACCUGAGGACCAGUCCCAGUCUGACCUGGACUCUAGACCUGAGGACCAGUCCCAGUCUGACUCUAGACCUGAGGACCAGUCCCAGUCUGACUCUAGACCUGAGGACCAUUCCCAGAGUUUUCAGUAAAAGUCUGGAAUGGGAUCAGGACCUGGACUCUGGACCUGAGUACCAGUCCCAGUCUGACUCUAGACCUGAGGACCAGUCCCAGUCUGACCUGAACUCUAGACCUGAGGACCAGUCCCAGUCUGACUCUAGACCUAAGGACCAGUCCCAGUCUGACUCUAGACCUGAGGACCAUUCCCAGUCUGACCUGAACUCUAGACCUGAGGACCAUUCCCAGUCUGACCUGAACUCUAGACUUGAGGACCAGUCCCAGUCUGACCUGAACUCUAGACCUGAGGACCAGUCCCAGUCUGACUCUAGACCUGAGGACCAGUCCCAGUCUGUCUCUAGACCUGAGGACCAGUCCCAGUCUGUCUCUAGACCUGAGGACCAGUCCCAGUCUGACUCUCCCUCAGUGUGA